AUGGCUGACAACUUUAAGAAAACAUUAAUUUUACCAUUGAUUUCAACGGGUAAUGUUCCACAAUUAACGACAGAUCUGAUUUUACAUUCUCUGUCAAAUGAAUUCCGUUUUGUGAAGUCACUAGAUUCUACAUAUGUACAUCCGUUUGUUGGUGCGUUGGAUUACUCCCUUAAUGAUGGUGAGCCAAUACUUUAUAAAUCCUAUCCCGAUAAGAAGUUUUCUAGUGCAUUAGAACUAUUUUACAAUGAUUCUAAAAAUUUAUAUGUAAUUCAACAGAGAACCCCUAUAAUACAAGGUUAUAUCAACAAUUUUAUUAAGGAGAUAGUAAUCCCUGUGAUAGAAGAACUACGAAUUACAGACGUGACAAUUUUAGACUCCUACGGUGCCCUUGAUGAAUCAAUCAUAAAUCAUAAAUUUAAUAAUAACACUAAUAUUGGUGUAAAUAACGUUGAUCCGUUUUAUUCUAUCGGUGUAUGUAAGUUGGAAGGAAUUGGUUCCUUAAGUGAUGAGUUCGACUCUGUAUUAAACUUGAAGACGGAUCCAAAUACAGCUAUGCAUUAUACUAAUUCUUUAUUAGAAUUCUCUCAAAGAAGUUUAUUGCAAGAGAUUUCUACUGAUCAACAGAUAUUCAAGAUAAUUUUCCAUCUAAUUAAUUCACAAUUAGGAAGUUUGAUGAAUGUGAAGUAUUGUUCAUUCUUUGUGCAUGAAGGUGAUAACUCUUUGGAUGCAAAAUUAUUUACAUCCCAUUUUAGUGAUUUUGUUAAUCCCAAAAAUUCAUCUAUAACAGAAAUUAAAGAUUUUAAAACACCAAUAUCUUGGAAAGGUGUUUAUGGCUUUAAUGAAGUUCCCGCAACCUUAGAAGAAGGUAUAUACAUAUAA